AUGUUGCCGUUGAAUCUUGUCGGCUUUUUGAACUCACCUUCUCGGCUUCAUACCGAGCGCCGAGGACUAUUAGACCACAUCAUAAACACACGGGCAGACAUGAAAUUCUUCACUUCACUGCAAUUGGGCCUCACCUCUCCCGUCAUGUCGUCUGAAUUCAAUAUCCUCACCCCCAACGCCAUGCUUGGGUAUGGCUAUCGUGCUGAGCACUUCUGGUACGGGAUUGAGAAGUUCACCCCCAAGGCGAUUAUUGUCGACAGCGGGUCCACUGAUGGCGGACCGUAUAAGCUUGGCUUGAACAAGAUGACCUGCGGUCGUGAUUCUUAUAUACGCGAUCUGACUCCAAUCCUACAGGCCUGUUUCCAUAAGAAGAUUCAAGUUCUGAUCGGAUCUGUCGGUGGUGAUGGCAGCGAUAAGCAUGUGCAGGAGAUGUUUGAAAUCGUUCAAGAAAUCUCCGCAAAGCAAGGCUUCUCUUUUAAUGUCGCCACGAUCUCCGCAGGCUUUCAUAGGGACCUUCUGAGGCAGCGCAUAGUUAGCAAGAAGGUUGGCCCGUGCGGUCCUGUGGAAGAAUUGACAGUGGAAAGCGCCGACCGUGCCAUCGAUGUCGUCGCGCAGAUGGGUGCUGAGCCGUACGUUGAUAUGGAUCGCCUCCGAGCCGUGACUUAA